UCGGGCCUCUGGAGGGCCGCGCUCUCUCGCACUUCCAGGUUCGCCGAGGUAGCCUCUCCGCUAGGCGCUUGAGGCCGCGCGCGGUCGCCGGCCCCGAGGUGGUAGCCGGGCUGUUGGGGAGCCCAGGACGGUCCUGGGGGCGCCGCCGACGCCGCCCUCGGCCUUUGGUACCCGUAGGCCGAUCCCCGAAAUAGCAUCCGGUAGGGAAAUGGUCGUGCUUUCGGUGCCCGCCGAAGUCACUGUGAUCCUGUUAGAUAUCGAAGGUACCACAACCCCGAUUUCUUUCGUGAAGGACAUUUUAUUUCCGUACAUCAAAGAAAAUGUUAAGGAGUAUCUGCAAACACAUUGGGAGGAAGAGGAGUGCCAGCAGGAUGUCAGUCUCUUGAGGAAACAGGCUGAAGAGGAUGCCCACCUGGAAGGGGCUGUUCCAAUCCCUGCAGCUUCUGGGAAUGGGGUGGCUGACAUGCAGCAGAUGAUCCAGGCCGUGGUAGACAACGUGUGCUGGCAGAUGUCUCUGGACCGAAAGACCACAGCGCUCAAACAGCUGCAGGGCCACAUGUGGAGGGCGGCGUUCACAGCUGGGCGCAUGAAAGCAGAGUUCUUUGCUGAUGUGGUUCCAGCGGUCAGGAAGUGGCGAGAGGCUGGAAUGAAGGUGUAUAUCUAUUCUUCAGGGAGUGUAGAGGCGCAAAAGCUGCUAUUUGGGCAUUCCACAGAGGGCGACAUUCUUGAGCUUUUUGAUGGUCACUUUGACACCAAGAUUGGACACAAAGUGGAGAGUGAGAGUUACCGAAAGAUUGCCAGCAGCAUUGGGUGCUCAACCAACAACAUCUUAUUUCUGACAGACGUUACUGUGGAGGCCAGUGCCGCCGAGGAGGCCGACGUGCACGUCGCGGUGGUGGUGAGGCCUGGCAACGCGGGCCUAACGGACGACGAGAAGACCUACUACAGCCUCAUCACGUCCUUCAGCGAACUGUACCUGCCCUCGUCCACCUAGGGGAGGCCUGCCCAGGAAGACCCAGCCGUCCCUCCGUCGUCCCCUAGUGUGUAGUUGUAUUCAGUGAUAAAAGGUAACUUACUUAGACGUGUGCACAUAUGUUUGCAGGUGUAUAUAUAUGUAUGCUCAGAUUAACUUCCACAGGCACAUACGUGAAAACAGUUGUUCAGUCCAGUGAAAAUGAAACUUAUUUAAAGAUGCUUUAUAUGUAGAAAGUGUUUGAAAUGAUAACUCUAACCCUUCCUGAGGGCAAAGUGUAGUUGAUAGAAGAAAUUGCUAAAAUACAGAUUAAAUGUGUUAUGUUAUCAAAUGUGUUCCAAAAAUAGAAGCUAGUUUUGAAAAACAGUUUCAGCAGCCUUGUUAUUUUCAAAGCUGGAAAUAUUUCAGACAUUCCUGGUAGUAGUUCACUGCCUGUGUUUACUGUGAAUUAGAAGAGUCCAACAGUUACGUAAGAACCUGUUACUUAAAGAAAAAAAUGUGUGUAUCAUUGUUGUACCUAUAGCAAGCAGUUGCCUUACCAAUGAAAAAGGUGCCCUUCUGUUCCAUCUAAAUGAGGGAUAUGGUUCUUAAUGUUUGCAAAACGGCCCUAAACCUGCAGGUUGUUAUCAUUGCAGAUUUUAUAGUUGCCUCUGUAACUACUUAGCAUAAAAAGGUUUUAUUACAGUCAGUCCAUAAGAUUGAAAAGUGCACUGAUAUAUAAUAUUUUCCUCCGAAAUGGAUCUAACAAGUGUAAAUUUUAUAACAGCAUUAUUUAUCCCGGUUCGAUUCUAAUAGGCUGUCAUGUCAGUUUCAUGUUCUGAUAAAUAAAAGCAUUUUCUUCUUGGCUCAGUUUCAUUUCUGUUCCUGAAUUAAAGCAUAUGCUGCCAUGGGCAAAGGAAACUGAGGCUGAAGGGAGAUUGAAAUAAUAAUUUUUUGUCUUGAUCGUAUGUGUGUGUUUUAUUUUUUAAAAAAUAUUUAUUUCGUUGAAAGGCAGAGCAGGGGAGCCAGAGAUCUUCUAUAUGCUGGUUGACUCCCCAAGUGCCUGUGACAGCCAGGGCUGAGGUUAGGAUGAAGCCAGGAACCGGAACUCAAGGGCGUGGCAGGGACCAGCUAAUCGAGCAGUCACCUGUUGCCUCCCAGGGUGCGUGUUAGCAUAAAGCUGGAAUCGGGAGUGGAGCCAGGACUUGAAGUUAACUUAGGUACUCUGAUACGGGAUCUGUACAUCCCAGGUGGUGGCUUAACUGCUGCCCCAAACGCCUGUCCCAGUGUCUGUCUGUUUCCCCGAGUACCAUUAGGAAAAUCAUUGACUGUUAUCUGAAGUGUGUGUGUGUGUGUGUGUAUGCAUAGUUACUAUUUCAUCUGGAUUUAAACAUUCAGAAUAUCAGUGCAGUCUUAUAUUUUUGAGAAUCUUCAAGUUUGAGGCAUGUAAGAUAAUGUUUGAAGGGAACAGUUCUAGUUAAUCUGGAAAAACUAAUAAAAUCCUGACGCAAUAAUUUUACGAAUGCUUUGGUUAAUGAAAAGGAAGUAGUCUUUGCAAAAAAUGAGAGUGCAGGGUAUAUACAAGAUUUUAUGUUGAUAAUUUUUAUAUUAGUAGCUAAGAAAUCAGAGAGCCGUGGAAAUUCACUAGAGUAGAAAAAAGGAUAUGAGUUUAAGUAAGUCUUAGAAAUGGGCAUAAUUUGAAAGUGAUAAAACCACAAAUGGCAAUAAAAGGAUGAACUUUGUACACUUCCUGGAAAAGUUCACAGGUGAAUGGCAGAAGAGGGUGGCCCUUAAUGAUGGUAAAGGAGCAAUUGGAAAAGUAAGGAAGAAAUGAGAGAAAAAGGCCUUUACUGUCCUUGAGGUGCAGAACGGCCAUAAUGCUUCCUGAGUAGUACAGAAAGCAGAGAAGCUUAGGAAGCAAGGGAAAGUCAAAACACCAGAUUCAUUU